AUGCCGCCAUUGAUGUCAAACAACAGCAGUGAGGCGGAAGAAGAAUUGAGACCGGAGGGCCAUGGGAAUGGCCGUGGAAAACAAAGAAGUGUAUAUGAAAGGAGAUUCAGAAUCAAUAGGUACGACAUGGCUCGACAUCUUGAACGAUUUAGAUUCUCUGACCGUCUUCCUGGCGACGUUUGGACAGCGAGUACGAAGACAGAAACUACUAACACGAGUGAAACCGAGAAGGGACCAGCUCAAUCAAGUACAUCAUUGGCACCGGAACACCAAGGAAGGGCCCAAGACGAUCAAAUGACGAAGACAGAGAACCAGUCAGAAAACCCAGAUAAGUAG